UCACUUUGGUGACUAGGGUUCGAAUCUCUCUCCCUCAUUUCAAAGAAAAACCAAUCAAGCCCUAAAGGAAGUUGGUGAUAAUUCUCAUAGAAAACCACCUUGAAUUUGAAAAUUGACUGUGAAGAACUAACAAUCAGGGGAUCAUAAUUGGACUGAGGAACCCACAAUGGUCAAUCAGAGCAACCACUGGUUCCCCCCAUUAUAACAACAUCAUCACUAUCACAAUCAUUUCCAGUUUUAACAAUUGCUUCUAUUGACUAACUUGAAGUAUAAGGUUUCUCCAUAAAGUUUGCCCAUCUCUAUAAGCAAAUUAACACAUCAUUUCCCAACUCAUUCCCUUGAAUAACAAAACCCCUUUGUGUUUUCCUGACUUGCAAAGCAAAAUCCAAUAAAAUCAAUACCUUACCAAUAAAGACUGGUACUGAAAUUUUCUUCUCACCUUAAUUUGGACCCCCUUUCACCUAAUUUCAAACCUCCAUUGCCAUCUCAAAUUCUCAAUAAAUAUACCCUUUACAUCCUAACAAUUCCUCAUCACUACUGAUAAAACUGUUAAGUUGGGUCACAUUUUGGUGCCUAAAGAAAUGAAAAUGUCACUUAUCCUUCCAUUCUUUGUUUUGUUUACUCUUUUCCUCCUCUGCACCACAACUUUGGCUCAAACGCCCGCUCCGGCUCCGGCAGGUCCAACCAACAUCACUGCAGUCCUUGAGAAGGCAGGGCAGUUCACAACCUUAACUCGGCUUCUAAAGGCGACGCAGAUGGCUGAUCAAAUCAAUACACAACUCAACAAUUCAAACCAGGGUCUUACCAUAUUUGCACCAACUGAUAAUGCAUUUGCUAGUCUAAAAUCAGGCACAUUGAACUCACUCUCUGAUCAACAAAAGGUCCAGUUGGUGCAAUUCCAUGUUCUUCCCAAUCUCUACUCCACUUCGCAGUUUCAAACUGUAAGCAAUCCAUUGCGCACCCAGGCAGGGAAUAGUGGCAAUGGCGAAUUCCCGCUGAAUGUCACCACAUCUGGGAAUAAUCAAGUGAACAUAUCAACAGGGGUUAAUACUGCAACAGUGGCUAAUACUAUCUAUACUGAUAGCCAAUUAGCUGUGUAUCAGGUUGAUCAGGUGCUUCUUCCAUUGGACAUUUUUGGGGUACAAGCACCGGCUCCUGCACCGGUGACAGCUGCUACGGAUCUUCCAUCAAAAGCUCCUUCAAAGUCCUCUGACACUACCGACGAUACUGGCACUUCUGGUGCAAUGCCUCUGAAUCACAAUGUUGUUGCUGCCAUAUCCCUCAGUUUUGCACUUCUUGCGGCUAUUGCUUUGCAGCUAUGAGUAUUGUUGUGUUUGAUGAUCAUGAGAGGGUGUUGCCUACUACUUCUGUUUUAUGAUUUGUACUGAAUUAGUUCAUUCUUUGAAUGCUGUACUUCCUUUCUGUUUUUAAAUUUUCAUGAACCCAAUUUUGUUAAU